AUGAGGCGAUUCAGGCAAGCUUUUUGUGCCUUAAAAGAGCACAGCUUCGUAAGCUAUGCAAAAGUGGCCACUUUUGGUCGCUUUUGCGAUCUUGAUCUCACCAUUGUCAAAGCAACUGCUCCUGAUGACUUGCCAUUGCCUGAAAAAUACAUACAUGAGCUUUUGAAUAUAUUUUCUAUCUCUUCCUCUUCGUUUCAUUCUUUUUCCCUUAGCUUUUCCCGUCGUUUUGGCAGAACUCACUGCUGGAAAGUUGCACUCAAGUGUCUUCUUCUCCUCCACCGUUUACUCAGGUCUUUGCCCGAUUACUGCCCUUUCCGAGCUGAACUUUUGUAUGCCAGAUCCAACGGUCUUCUGUCUCUCUAUCCCUGUCAUUUUCGUGAUCAUUCAUCCUCAAAUCCGGAAGAUUACACCAUGUUUAUUAGAUCCUAUGCUCAGUUGCUCCACGAAGCUCUCGAUUGCUUUUCCUUUGACGGGAAAGUAACAGAAGAGGAAGUAGUGGAAGAAGAAAAAGACAAAGAACUGCCAAAGAACUUAAAAGAAAAAAUGAAAGAAGCCGAUAGAAUUCUUGAAGUUCUGCAGCAGCUUCAGAGCCUAAUAGAUCGAGUCAUGGACUGCAGGCCAACCGAAGCUGCUGCUAAAAGUUUCAUUGUCCAAUCUGCCAUGAAAUAUAUAAUUCGCGAUAGUUUCAUCUGCUACACUUCUUUUCGGAAGGAAAUUGUUUUGGUUAUGGACCACCUGAUCCAAAUGCCAUACAAAAGUUGUAUCUUGUCCUUUGGGAUUUACAAGAAAGCAGCCUUGCAAGCGGAGCAGCUCUGCGACUUCUAUGACUGGUGCAAAGCAAAGGGGUUGUGUGGCUCUCACGAACACCCUUUCAUAGAAAAAAUUCCAGAGAUACAGAUUCGAGCUCUCGGGAAUUUCCUCAAUGGAAUAUGGCAACCAACAGAGUCAUCUUCGUCUGCAACAUCCCCAUCUUCGUGGGUGGAGUCUAAUAAAUCAUGUUCGACUGAAGAUGAUGAAACAGAUAGCAAUAAGCAAAUGGAUAAAAGGAAUAUUAUAGUAAGUACUCAGUGGGUGAAAUUUGAAGAGAAUUAUAGUGGUUUAUUCCAAAGAAAGAUAGAAGAAAAUAAAGAAGAGAUGGCACCAUUGAUUCAAUUAGAAGAUGGUGAAAACGAUGACUGGGAGGUGCUGCUUGAUGCUUCACUUCAUCUUUCACGUAAUAUUCCUCUCAACAAUCACUUGUUAUACCCUUGCACUGGAUUUAGCAAUGGCUAUGGAUGUGAGGUUCAUGGAAAAGACUCAUCAAAUGGAGAAAAGAACAAUCAAUGGCAGUUGCAAGUAUAUAAUCCUAAUAAUUAUGCCUUAAAUCCUUUUAGCCAACCUUAUUAUUACAUGCCAAAUUGCUACGAAUGGUACCAUGGGAGUAAUCCUGCAUGUCCCUGGGGAUUGUAGAAGCAAAGAGACAACAUUGGCCUCUGGAGCUUCUUAUUUUAGUCAAACAUAUUGUCAUAACAAGGAAUUGGA